UUGAGCCGCGAAUGGGCAUGCUCUUGCGAGACGGUAGCUCUCCAUGAUGAAGGAGGGUUGCCCAUAUUCUAUGAGAGGGAAACUCACACACGGGGCUCGACGCGGUGUAUAAGACCACGCUUGCUCGCCCAGUAACCACGUCUCCAUCCGACAGUCUCCGGCUCUCAGCACCGUCAACACAACUCAACAACUCGCGGCUCUUGUGUCCUCAAAGUCUCAAACCCAUAUUCUUCCAUUGUGUCCGCUCUCUCAUUGCGCCACCCGUCACGAUGACCCGCAUCUUGAUCACCAUACUGGCCGCGACCGCAGCCUUUUGGCAGGCCAUGGCCCUCCCGGCUGCCCAGGGCGGAGGUGAGGGAGAGGCUGGCGGACCUUCUCCCACCCGUUCCACCCAUCCCGGGGGCCCGCGUCCCACGCACACUCUCAGUCUCAGCCUCCCCCCUCGCCCGACGGGAUCUCCCUCCUUCAGCCUCCCGCCCCGCCCUUCCGGCUCUCACUCGCCUCCGCCUCCGCCUCCGCCUCCGCCUCCUCCUCCUCCUCCUCCUCGCCCCACGCGCUCUCACUCGUUCACCUUCCCUCCUCAGCCCCCGACCGGAACUCACUCUCUGCCGCCUCGCCCGACCGGUUCCCACCCGGCGCCCCCAUCAAUCUCCACGCAUUCCCUGCCCCCUCGCCCCACAGGCUCUCACUCGUUCAGCUUCCCUCCUCAGCCGCCGACGGGAACUCACUCCCUGCCGCCUCGCCCGACUAGGACUGUGACUCGCUCCCGUGGGCCGCGCCCUACUACGACUACCAGUGCCGGGUCCAGUGCCGGUGGUUCGGAGUAAGAACAUUCUCGAUGAUGGAUGAGGAGGAGGAUGAGGAGUAAGCAGGGAAAGCUUUUUGGCGACGUUUUGGUGGUGGAAGUCAAAUCUAAAUACUAGGUGCAGGGGGGGAUGGAUGGUGCUUAGUACUACUAGUUCGCUCGCUGCGUUGCGAUUCGAUUCGGUUCGGUUCAACACUUCCAAUUCUCGACUCUCGCUGAAUGAUUGUGGUUUGGUUAACAAGGCGUGCUUCUCGGUUCGGAAAGUAAGGUAUUGAUAGGCUGGACGCCAGAUGCCUUAGGCAGACCAAGACCAGGCAUUUCUGAAAGACACACGCCAUCAGCCUACUAGACUACUAGUACUAGUACCGCGUGUGAAGUCAGUGGCACGGCGAACAAGGG